AUGUCAACGGCAGACUUGACCUUCUGUGCCGCUGGAGGUAACAGGCAUCCUUCAGCGGCCGAUUGGGCGCCUGAACUACUUGCAUUUGGAGCCGGUCAGAACGUUGCACUCUGGAAUUCGAAGGACCCAACGCCAUCGGGGAUAUCAGCCUUGUUGACGGGCCAUACUGGUACUGUGAACGCAGUUAAGAUAUUCAACGGACCGAAAGGCCGACGGAUCAUCACUGGCGCCGCGGACAACACGAUACGAAUCUGGAAGCAGACCGAUGGAACGUCGACCUUCGUUCAGGAGCAAUGCUUGGAAGAGCACAAGGGCUCUGUCAACGUCGUAUCGGUUCUACCGGACCGAGAUCUCUUCGUCUCCGGCGCAGCAGAUGGCACUGUGAGGAUAUGGGACGCCUUAGGCGACGAAGCAAGACUGGUGCAGACCAUGACGCUGAAGCCAAGAUACCUUCCGUUGGCAUGUGCACUUUUUGAGCUCGGCGACGGUGCGAUUGUGUUGGCUGUCGCAGGAACCUCAUCAUCCAUUCAGCUCUACUUCCGCGACGUAGAUGCAGCAGAGUUCAAAUUGCAGGCGACCUUGACGGGCCACGAGGGGUGGAUACGAUCCCUAGACUUUGUGCAAGAAUACACUGGCGAUCUUCUGCUUGCUUCCGCCAGCCAAGACAAGUUUAUUCGUCUGUGGCGGAUACAGGCGAAGAGUAACAACACGUCAACCGUGGGACUGGAUCUUACUGAAGCUGCGACUUCACAUAUCACCUCUCUAUCGAACAAAGCCCAUCAGAUAGGGAGUGCAGAUCGCAAGCACAACGUCACAUUCGAAGCGCUUCUAGUUGGGCACGAAGACUGGAUCUAUACGGGGCGAUGGGCGCCAAAGACCUCAGACAAGGAUCCUUUGACGCUUCUGUCAGCUUCAGCAGAUAACUCGUUGUCGAUCUGGCGACUUGACGAAUCUUCGAACAUCUGGGUGUGCCACACAAGACUCGGCGAGAUCAGCGCUCAGAAGGGUUCGACAACGGCGACGGGCAGCACAGGCGGCUUUUGGAUCGGGCUCUGGCAGCCUGACGGGUCGGGAGUAGCGAGCCUCGGUCGGACUGGUAGUUGGAGAAGAUGGGCAUACAGUCAAGCAGAAGACUCGUGGCUGCAGCAGGUCGGCAUCAGUGGACAUACCCAAGAAGUUCAGGGAUGCGCAUGGGCGCCAGACGGAUCCUAUCUACUGUCAACAAGCUCAGACCAGACCACACGGAUGCUGGCUCAGUGGCGACGAGAUGGCAUGAAUACCUGGCACGAAGUUGCUCGGCCUCAAAUACAUGGUUACGACUUGAACUGUGUCACUUCAACCUCUCCUCAUCAGUUCGUCUCUGGCGCCGACGAAAAACUUUUGCGGGUCUUUAACAAGCCAAAAGCUAUCGACGAGCUACUAUCAAAACUCUCGGGCACAACCACCUCGGUCAACGGACACCUACCAGAAGCUGCGAACAUACCAGUCCUCGGCUUGUCCAAUAAAGCUGUCGCUGCCGAAGGAGACGAAGACGUAGAUGGCGACGCCUUGUCGAAUGGCGAGGACGAGCAGGAAGCUGGGCCAGCUGCAGGACACAGGGGGAAAUCAUUGCUGGACCUCGAUCACCCGCCGUUCGAAGAGCAUCUUGCUCGCCAUACUCUCUGGCCAGAGCAUGAGAAGCUGUACGGUCAUGGAUACGAGAUAUCGGCUGUUGCGUCCUCACAUGACGGGAGUCUUAUUGCGACGGCCUGCAAGGCUAGUUCGAUCGACCAUGCCGUCAUUCGUCUCUACGACUGCCUAGAGUGGAGAGAGGUGAAGCCUUCUCUGACAGCACACAGCCUGACAGUCACUAGUCUGUCGUUCUCACCCGAUGACAAAUACCUGCUGAGCGUCAGUCGGGAUCGUGGCUGGUACGUCUAUGAGAGGGAUGCAACCGAUUCAAAAACUUUCACGAAAUUCUGCUCAAACCUGAAGGGACAUUCGAGGAUGAUCUUGGACUGCUCAUGGGCGCCACAGGACGUCGAUUAUGUGUUUGCCACCGCUGGACGAGACAAGACGGUCAAGUUGUGGAAGCUUGUCGACGGCAAAGCGGACCUCGUCCAAUCUAUCGCCGUCGACGUCGCUGUGACGGCGGUGGCAUACCAUGAGUCUACGGUGCAGAGCGUGGCAUAUAUUGCCCAUGGCACGGAGGAUGGCAGCAUUAGUAUUCUGCAAGUUGACAAGCAAGAACUUCAGCUGCUAUCCACCACUGUCAUCGACACAUCCAUAUCACCAUCGGCUGCCGUCAAUGCCCUCCGCUGGCGACCUGGAACCACGAACAUCAAUGGUGCCAAACAGGACGGACCGUUGCAGCUUGCAGCAGCAAGUGAUGACACUUCUGUGCGUAUCUACGAUAUCACAGCUGGGUGA